GCGCGGGAGAUUCGCGCGGCUGGGCUCGCAGCGGCCGGCGCGAUGCAGCGCGUCUUUUUCGCUGUGUCCGCGUGCGCUGCGAUAGCCAGCGCCGCUCGAUCAUUUCGCGCCGUCGCAGCCGGCGAGCGGGCCAGCGUUUCCGGCACGAGCGGCGUCGCCGCUGGCGACGCAGAUGUCGAGUUGACCCUGCGCGCGCCCGAAGAGUCGACGGAGCAGGUUCUGGCUUCCUUGCGCGAAUUGGCGGAGCGCGAACGCGCCGUGCGCGACGCUGCUGACGCGGGAAUCCGCGACGACAAGGGCGCGCUGACUGAGGCGGCGCGCGAGGCUGUCCGGCGAGUGGUGCAAUCCUCGGCAGCGCAGGCGCCGUGUCCGCGGGCGCCAGGCCCGAGGUGCCUCGCCGCUGCAUCUGCAGCGCGGGGAAUGAUUUGCAGGCUGCCAAGUUUGCUUGCUUCAGGGCGCCCGCCAGAGCGGGCGGCGCCACGCGCCCGA